GCAUGGGAGGUGCUAAGAUCCAAGACGUCAAGAGGAAAGUCAAGCAAGAAGUGCAAGAAAUGGAAGAGAGAAGCCUGCUAGUUGUCCAAGGAGGAGGCAACAACUUAGUAGAGGCAGGUGCUGAAGACACAGUAAAGGAAGUGAUAGAAGCAGUGAGGGCAGCAGAAGAGAUGAUGAUGUGUGUGGCUGUGGUGGGGGUCCUGCAGCGCCCACGGGAAGGAGUGCAGCAUGAGAAGGUCAGAAGAGAAAUAGAACCGCAAGAUAUGCAUGGAACUCAUGAAGGUCAAGAUGGAAUGGAUGACAGAGAAGAAGGGCAACAUGAGCUUCCUGGACAUGGAUGGGAUCCUCGACCAGGACAAAUUCUUCGGGAGAGACGGGGUCCACCUCAACCACAACGAAUGAGAGGCGAGGACGUCGACUGGCCGAGUGGAUGAGGGCGAGGCAGGUGUGUUGUGUGGACGACGCAUGACGAGGAGGACCCACUGAUGUCAGCAAACAUGGAAGAAAAGAGACUAACCAGGCACCGAGAGAGGACUGGAACGGGUGGAGCCUAUUUUGAAGUUCCACGUGGGAUCAACUCUCCUCCACUGGGCGGCAUCGAAGGGUUACGAUGACCUGGUGGUUGACCUCCUUGUUCGGGGCUUGUCUGUGGAUGCUUGUGAUCGGUUGGGCCGCACUCCACUGGGGCUGGCCACCUUUGCCGGCCACACUAGUAUUGUCAACACCCUGCUGCAGGAGAACGCCUCUCUUUCUGCUGAAGACAAGGACUGGAGGAUAAUAUCUCGUGAGGAGGUUGGUCUCUGCAUAGUUCGGGUCAUUGAAGAAACUGCCGUGUGUUCUCUUGACGCGGCCAGGUCAGACGGCUUCACCCUGCUCCACCUGGCUGCCCAGCAAGGCUACCCGAACAUGAUGCAUCGGCUUCUGUCCCUGAAGGUAUCACCAGACGUACGCAACAACCAAGGCGAAACCCCGCUGUUUGUCGCGAUCCGGAACAACCAGCUGGCCUGCGUUCAACAGCUGAUUAAUGCUGGCACACGUCUGAACCUCGUCGACAACCGCGGGGGGUCAGCUCUGCACAUGGCGGCCAAGAACGGAAAUGUGACGGUAAUUGAUAUGCUCCUGACGACGUCGUAGCUGGAGGAGGAGCGGAACGUUGAUAUUAACCGCUGCAAUAAGAUCGGUUAUAUGCCUGUUUACUACGCCAUCAAUGCCAGCAGGUACGACAUUGUGCAGCGGUUCCUCGAGUACAGCCUGGUCCGCAAGGUGCAUUGCAAGGCGACAAACGGCGAAACACUCCUGCAAUUUUACACCGAACGGAACAACUUGGGGCAGUACGACAACGCAGUGGUGUGCGUGCUGGAGUGCGAGAAGCUCCUGCACUCAACCAAGCCUAGCGCGGAGAUGUGUCUUCGCGUGCAACUGGGAACGACAGAGGCCAGUUCGAAGGCCCGCGCUCAGCUGCAGGCCAUGUACGAGUCGACGAGAGCACAACGCCACUGCUGGAAUUUUUGGUUCUUUCUCUCUUGUUUUCUGCUUCCGUCGGUUUUUUACUACCUAGACGUGUACACCGACAUUCUGCUGGCGGUGGAGUACCAUCAAGAUUACCUGAAGAGCAUCAAUGACUCCGAUGUGGUGGGGACGAGGAACAUGACGAGUGCUAAUCAUUCGCUGUCCGAGGAGAUGGUGGUGCUGGUGGAUGGCGAGGAGGAGGAAGCAGAAGGAUUCCUCGCCAACCUAACAGACAACCCAGACAAGAUCAAUUUCCUAUUCACCGUUUUCUUCAUCCUGUUGCCAAUUACCCUGUUGUCCACUUGGAAUCUGUACAUUCAUGUGACGCAGCAAGAUAUCCUUCCCAUUUUCAAACUGCUACCUUCGUUUUUGCGUGUAUCGUUGUAAACGCUCAUAUUUCUCACCCCCCUGGCCCUCGUCAUGGCGUACCUCGAAAAUACUUACGCGCAGAUGAAGCACAUGAACGUCACAGUGCGUCAGAUGCAGGAGGUUGGGGUGGACUCGAAAUCGUACAACAGCUUCCCCCCCCACGGGCCUACCAAGACCUACCAGCACCACAUGAGGGACAUGGAGAUCAGAAAAUAUUAUGACCUUAAGCAUGUCGCGCAGAUGAGGGUCGCAAUCACCAACGUCAUGGAGGCCACACUCGAGUCGGCCUUUCAGUUAAUUCUGCAGCUGUAUAUCGUUGGGACGCAUUACACUGAGUUGGACCAGGUUAAGGACGUGACACUGGGCAGCAUCCUGUCUUUGUCACCACUGGGCCACAACACACAGCUCUCCAAACAGGUGUUCUCUGUCCUCAUCUCCCUUGUGUCCCUCACCUGGUCCUUCACAUCCUACCACAGGUUCUCCAAACUCGGAGGGCUGACUAUUUUAAACGCACUGCCCCUCCUGUUCGCAAUAUUCUUCCAGGUGGUGUCCCGCGCCAUCGCCUAUACAGUGUUCACCCUGGCACACACGUGGAAGGUGUUUGUGGUGUUGGGUGUACACUUUGUGGUGGUGCUGGUGUUUAAACUCAAGCUGGAGGAGAGUUCAGUGUUGCCAGUACGCACACCGUUUUACUGUUGCCAGUGUUUUUUCAUGUACCUGCGUCCAUAUUUCUACGUUUUCCUUGGCACCAUUGCUUCUACGCUAGUGUACUUCAGGUUGGAGAGGCCCUCGGCUGUCAAAAAGCAGAGGGCGCGUCGUCAUUCAACCGUAGUGAUACAGGUGUUGUUUUUAGUCCUAGCCUUCAUCGAGAACCUAGUGAUGCUUGCCUUGGGGAUCUGCUGGCUGGACGACAAAUACUUUCAUCAUACGACACUUAAAUACGACACUUUCAUCAUAAUUUCUGCUGUCCUGUGUGCCAUCAGCUACCUCACUGGCGUUAUACUACAUGCUGUGUACUAUAGCUGCUUCGGCCAUCCAUGGGUGGACAUCAACGGACCAUCAGUGCACUGGGACGCAGACGAGGGGACCCUGGUAUUAUCAUAUUACCAGCAAGGCAAGGGAAAGCUGGAAAAUGGCACAGAAUUCGACAGCAGUUACCCUCGAGGACAACCCCUGACCUUCACGCUGGGGUCAGGUCAGGUCAUCCGAGGCUGGGACCAGGGACUGAUUGGGGUUUCUGUUCCCCUGCACCACCAUUGAGGAGGAGAAGCGGGUGUGUUCGGGAGGCAAGAGGAAGCUGUUCUGUAAGGAUUUUGUCAACAAUGGAGAAAUAUUGUGUCUCUUGGCCACUGCCUCUGCCCUUCUUGUCAUUCUUUCCCUGGUAAGUGGUGAUGGUCUUUUGUUGGUCUCUCUCUCUCUCUCUCUCUCUCUCUCUCUCUCUUGUGUGUGUUAUUUUAUUUAUUUAUUUAAUUUCUUUUACCUGAAGGUUAACACUUUCUCAUACUGGUGUUAGGUUCAUCAGUCAGUCUUUUUUUUUUUUUUUUUGUUUAUUCAUGCAUUUAUUAUACCAGAUUAGGGUGUUCCCAGUAGUACUCUCUCUCUCUCUCUCUCUCUCUCUCUCUCUCUCUCUCUCUCUCUCUCUCUCUCUCU